AAGUGAAUGGAGGCCAAUGCAGAAGGUAAGCCAAGGUUCCCCUUCCUCCAGGGAGUAAGUGGGGAUUCCUGCUAGGACCUGGCUGGGAUGAAUAUGAACUUUGGCAUCAUGAGGCUGAUCAGGGGAAAUCCAGUACUGGAGGUCCUUCUGGGAGCAACCUGUGGUGGACUGCUGGUGCUACUGGUGCGUUGGUCACAAGGUGCCUGGAUGCCUUCAGGAGAACCAACAUAUAGCUCCAGGAUUGAAGACACACUGACUCCCACCUUAGAGAAGUUCACAUGGCAAGCCCAGUUUCCACUCCCCCUGGACAGGGAAUCCAGCCAGGUCUUCCCCUUCCUGCUCAACCAUCCAGACAAGUGCAAAGUUUCUGGAGGAGUGCCCUUCUUGGUGAUGUUGGUGAUGACUCAGCCCCAGGACCAGGUUCUGAGAGAUGCCAUCCGAUAUACAUGGGGGAAUGAAACCACAGUACCUGGUGUGAUCAUCCGACGCCUCUUCCUAAUGGGCCUGUCUUCUGACUUCUCCUCCCACCAUCUACUAGAAGAAGAUGAAAAGCACAAGGAUCUCCUCCAGGUGGGUUUCCUGGAUACCUACCACAACCAGACCCUCAAAACCCUCAUGGGACUAGAGUGGGUGGCCCAGUACUGUCCCAUGACCCAUUAUGUGCUUAAGGUGAAUGGGAAUGUCUUCCUGAACCCCCAUUUGCUGGUGCAGCAGAUACUGAAGCCUGAGCAACAACCCUGGCCAGACUUCAUCACUGGCUGUAUCUACAGAAACAGAAUUCCCAUUCGAAGGCAGUCCCAUCCUCAGUACAUGCCCCUAGACAUGUUCUCCCAUGCCAGGUACCCACCAUACUGCUGCAGCCCUGGCUAUGUGCUGUCCAGACCCCUGGCCCUUAAGGUUCUCUCCAUUGCCCGAAGAAUGCCAGCUGUUCACCUAGAAGACGUCUUCGUGGGACUGUGCCUGCACCAGCUAGGGGUAGAACCCACUCCCAGUCCCCCCAACACCUUUCUGAUGUUCGGCCGAUUAUACAAUCGCUGUGACUUCCGUGGUUUUGCCCUUGUCCAUCCCUUCAAACAUCAGAAGCUUCUUCAGGUCUGGCCUGACUUUCAGAAAGGCAACAUCACCUGCCCACUGAAGGGAAGAGUAGGCAUGGAAACUUCUCAGUUGGACUCUAAUUAAUUUCCUUUUCUUCCAGCAGGCAUUUUAAAUAUAUAUACAUAUAUGUAUGUGUAUAUAAUGGAGGACUCACCCACCCCCCACCUUGUUGUCCAUAGACUUGGAUGGCUCGAUUAAAGGUGGUGACAAAUGCCUUC